GUAACAGGUACGCAUAAAGGUGGAUCCGGAAAGAAGCUCGUUUUUAGAGGAGAGAACUAACAGUGCUCAUCGUCACCCAUAAACAGGCUGAUAGGCAUAAAUCCUCACGUCACGUGCAGUAAUGUGUUAAUGGUCACCGAAGUGCCUUCUGGUCUCGACUCUGAGUCCUGCUCUUUGUCCACUGGCUUUACUCAGGUCGCCAUGUCAACUCAGCACGAAGGCUUGGUUUACUGUAAGUUCGCCCUGGUCUUCGCCGUCCUGACGGACCUGCUCGGGAUCACCUCUGUCCUGAUUGGGGUCUUUGCCCCGCUGGAGGUUAAAGGUCGUGAUUUUGGUGACCUGCUGGUGUACUCCGGCGCGCUGCUAGUGCUGCUGUCCAUGGCAGGCUGGGUCAUGUGGUACAGCGGAAACAUCGAGGGCUUGAGGUCAGCAAAUGUGCUGAGCGACCUCAAAGCGGGCGCUGUGGACCGGCUGGCUCGCUCGCUCAGUCAGCGCAUCCGCAAGAGCCGCCGCGGUCACGCCACAGCCUGACCUCGGACCCCGCGCGGCGACCGUCCAUACAGCUCUUCAGACUCGCCAGCACACACUACAAGGAUGUCUCCAGGAACAGCAUCGUCGCUGUCCAAAAAAGAAAAGCAUCUGUAAACGGUCAGUUUACAGGUGAACGCAAAAGUUUGCUACUUUUAAUGUAAGUCAAUGUAAUGUUCCCAAGUCAUGAUGGACAGUGAUGACGUGAAGUUCUUUGGUUCCACAUUAUUGCUAAGAUUUUGAUUCAUAAUCAUUAUAUGCUCAGAAUUAUCACACUUUCCCUAACAUUUUCCAUUACAUUACAAGGUAAGAGUUAAUAUUAUGACACCAAGUGAAAGACUUGAACAAAGGUUUCGUUUCCCCUGACGCAACACUCAAAACAAGCCCAUCGACAGAUCAUUUAAAAAUACAUUAUCAUGCUUUGUCAUUAUAAUCAUGUUCUUGCGUGAGUGAAGAAACUAUUCUGCUUAAAUUUGCUUCUUAAUGGUAUUAGCUCUGCCAGCUAAUAAAUCUGUAAAUGAAACACCUGAGGUUUUAAUAAUGGACCUAUCAAGAGGACUACAGGACACUUGAAAUGUUAACCGUGUCCAUGCUGCACUUAACCUGUAAAUAUGUAAGAUCAAGCAUGAGCAAUGACUGUUUACAAAAAAUGUGAUGUAUAUAAAGGCAUAUUUCAGCAAUGAGUCCCACUUUAAUAUGACAGUCUUUCACCAUAUGUGCUUAUU